ACGUGACAAGUGGCACAGAGAAAGAGAGAAAAGAACGCUCGUGCCGUCUCCAUCCCGCCACACCAACGCGGAUGAAGCACCGGUCGACUUCAGAGCAGCAUCACGGGAAGAAGCCCCGUGUUCCUGCUGCCGCCGCGGCAACCUCCACCUCACCGCAAGACGGAAUGGAGGACAAAGCAGCGACAAAUCCGCGGGAGCUCACGCAAAACCCCCUGAAGAAGAUUUGGAUGCCGUAUAAAAACGGCCUUCCUGAAAAACACAUUUGUCAAAGGAAGGUAUGUAUGACCAACUGUCCCACACUCAUUGUUACCGUGGGCCUACCUGCCAGAGGGAAGACCUACAUCUCCAAGAAGCUGACCCGCUAUCUCAACUGGAUCGGAGUGCCCACCAGAGAGUUUAAUGUUGGACAGUACAGAAGAGAGUUUGUAAAGAUCUACAAGUCCUUUGAGUUCUUCCGUCCGGACAACGAGGAGGGGUUAAAGAUCAGAAGAAAGUGUGCUUCAGCGGCAUUGAACGAUGUGCGGGAGUACCUCACAGAAGACGGAGGCCAGGUUGCGGUGUUCGAUGCAACAAACACUACCCGAGAAAGAAGGGAGACCAUCCUGGAGUUUGCGGAGCAGAAUGGCUUUAAGGUGUUCUUUGUGGAGUCUGUGUGUGAAGACCCAGAUGUCAUACAGGAGAACAUAGUGCAAGUGAAACUGGAUAGCCCGGACUACACCAACUGCAACACAGAAGAAGCAGUGGAAGAUUUCAUGAAGCGGAUUAAGUGCUAUGAAAACUCGUACGAGACACUGGAUGAGGUACUGGACAGAGAUCUGUCCUACAUUAAAAUCAUGGACGUUGGUCAGCGGUACUUGGUCAAUAGAGUGUUAGACCACAUCCAGAGCCGGAUUGUCUACUACCUCAUGAACAUCCACAUCACACCCCGCUCCAUCUACCUGUGCCGCCACGGGGAGAGCGAGCUAAACGUCAAGGGUCGUAUCGGAGGAGACUCGGGUCUGACGAUUAGAGGGAAGGAGUUUGCUAAGAAGCUGAGCCACUUCAUCCAGGAGCAAAACAUUAGCGACCUCAAGGUAUGGACUAGUCAGAUGAAGAGAACCAUCCAGACAGCCGAAGCCCUCAAUGUGCCCUAUGAACAGUGGAAGGUCCUGAAUGAGAUUGAUGCUGGUGUGUGUGAGGAGUUGAUGUAUGAGGAGAUCCAAAGAAACUACCCUCUGGAGUUUGCACUAAGAGACCAGGACAAAUAUCGCUAUCGCUAUCCAAAAGGAGAGUCCUAUGAGGACCUGGUGCAGCGGUUGGAGCCCGUCAUCAUGGAGCUGGAGCGGCAGGAGAACGUGCUGGUCAUCUGUCAUCAAGCUGUCCUGCGCUGCCUGUUGGCAUACUUUCUGGACAAAACAGCAGAGGAGCUUCCAUAUCUGAAGUGCCCACUACACACGGUGCUGAAGCUGACACCGGUGGCCUACGGCUGUAAAGUGGAGUCCAUCAGCCUAAACGUGGAUGCAGUGAACACGCACAGAGAGAGGCCAGCGAACGUGAACGUCCAACGUACGGCUGAAGACGCCUUGCAGACCGUCCCUCCUCAUCUCUGAUACCUCUGCUGGCUGGAACCCGGUGAUGCUGAAAGCUGGACCUUUCCCCUUCCUCCUUUUUCUUCCUUUUUUUUCCACCUUUCCAAAUGUGCACAACCUCCUCACACUGGUGACCAGCAGGUUAAUGUGUCUCCUUCUUCCUCCUCCACCAGCGCCAUACACACGCACACAUUUCUCUGUUACCCCUUGUUUAAGCAUAUUUUUUUGAGGAACUUGCGAGUGUCCGGGCCUCAGUGUUCAGCGGGCCCUCGGCAUCGCUGUUCCAAAUUAUUUAUGAAUCAAAGUAUUGUCUUGCACAGCAGGGAGUUAAACGCUUGGCUCACACAGCAGAUUCCUGUCUGCCUGUUACUGUACUCCGUGUGGUUUCAUUGUGUUGAUUUUGCGCAGCAGUAGCACUAACACUGAAAGUUACUGUUUUGUGUCUUGAAGUAUUAACCCUGUGAUAUUUUUUUUUUCCGCUCCAUGUUUUUGAUAUGCAACUGUAACGUGCAGUCAUUAUCGGAUGUGAAGCUGUAUUCAGUGAUAAUGUGCACUUUGUAGGCUGCAAACCUACUCGGACAACAGCUUACUAUUUUUAAAGUGCUGAUUCAGUAAUAGAUUAAAGGACUGGGUCGUUCAUUUUUAAUGGUAAACAAGUAGCCAUUUCAUUUUGUAGGGCUGGCUGGUGUAAUAGCUUUCCUUAGCUAUGUGGUGUACUGUAUCUGCUUGUACAGUGUCAGCUGAAACUGAUGUUUUAUGUAAAUGAUGAUUCCACACACGACGGGCCUUCAGUGAAAUACACUCACAUGCUUUCACUCAUUUCUGUGGAGAACACAUCAGAGCAUUAAACAUGCAAAACAGAAACAAAGAACACAAUAUUAGCUUGAAGUUGGUGUUGUGGGUUAAGAUUUUAAAAAAAAUGUACAUCCCAACUACACAAUAAUAAAGAUGUUAUUUUUUUAAGCCAACCA